AUGUUCUGCAAAGCCGGUUUAGCGAAGAGAUCAAAUCAAGAGAGUGUGUUCUACAUGAUGAAGAGUGGUCCUCACAUGUUGAAGUUAUUCAAUGAGACAUUGGUAAAAGGCUACAAAGGAUUAGAUUUUCCUACACAUAUGUAUCGUUUACAAUCCUUUACUGCUUUGAAGACAGUGGAUCCUAAAGUAUUGGUUGAUGUGAUUGGAAGGGUUGUGGAAAUAUACUCCCCUUUGGACAAGUUGAUAUCUGGUAGGCCUUCCCGGCUCAUAGAUUUCCUCAUUGAGGAUUUAAAAAAGGAUUUUGGAGAGCCAGUCAUUGUGCUAAUUCAGAUGGGAAGGGUGAAGGUUUCUGAAAACUCGGCUGAAGUGAAAAUAACAAGUUCUUAUGAUGCUACCCAACUUCUGUUUAAUGGAGAUAGUACUGAGUUUGUGGAGUUUAGAGAGAGGUUUGUUCAAACACCUUUAAAGAGCCUUACCUCAAAUUCAGCUUAUAGUUAUGGUAAUUCAGCUUAUAGUUAUGGUAAUUCAAGUGGUGGUGAUUUAAGUAGUUCAAAAAUGCGUAUCAUUACCAUAUCUGACAUCUUUCAGAAUAGAGAGGUAGGUGAAUUCUGGGUACCUACACAGAUUAUCGGAAUAGAGUCCGAUGUUGAUGAUUGGUUUUACCAGUCCUGCAAAGAUCCAGGAUGUAAUAAGAAGGUGGAAUUAAUUAAUGGAAUGUUUCAGUGUGGCAAGUGUAGCAGCAGAUAUGAUGACUGCAUCUACAGGUAUAAAAUCAAGGUUAGAGUUGUUGAUGUUAAAGGUACAGCACCCUUUCUUCUAUUGGAUCGUGAAGCACUUGAUUUGGUUAGUGUAAGAGCUGAUGAAUUGCUAGCAAAGCAGCCAAAGGUAAUGAUUAAGAUCCCUAAAGAGCUUAAAACUAUGGUGGGCCGAGGCCUUUUCUUUAAGGUCAAUGUGCAAAAAAAUCAGUUAGACAACCUAAGUCAUGCUAUUCCUGUAAUGUCAAUGAAACACUUCCUUGAGAUGUUCAAUACUUACUGUCCUGGUCUCCUUGAUGAUUAUGAUGAUGGUUUAUCCUCUAAGUUACAACUUACUGACAAUGAAUCAGAUUCAGAUGAGGAAGAGGCAGAGAGUCCAAAUGUGAAUGUUGUGAAGGAACAAUCAGUUCAUGGUACUGAGACUGAUGCUGUUAAGAGAAGUUUACUUGAUCAAUUUUCCAGUACUCAAAAUUCAAAGAAGAAAAGAGUUAUGGUGGUCAAGGAGGAGAAGGGAGAUGAUGAUAAGGAAACAUGA